CUCACUUCGGCGUACUCGCUCUCGUUCCCUACAGCUGCUUUCCACCCGCUUCACGUUUAAGCAAAACUAUGCCGACGAAGGAGGAACUGCUGAACCAGGCACAAUCGUUGUCCGACCCGAAGCGCGCGGAGGUCCUUUACAAGGAGAUUCUGGCAUCGCCGAUCAGCGAGCAUGCUUCUGUAGAGGAAAAGGAGGCUGAACUCCGCCACCAGGAAACCGCCCUGGUUAAGCUCGGAGAGCUAUACCGGGACCAGAACAAUGCAAAGGGCGUUGCCGAGGUCAUCACUCUGUCGCGCUCCUUUGUGUCUUCCACCGCGAAGGCGAAGACAGCCAAACUCAUCCGAACGCUCCUCGAUUGCUUCAAUACCAUUCCAGAUAGCCAGAAGAUCCAAAUCGAUGUCUUGCAGGAGAACAUUGAGUGGGCGAAGCGGGAGAAGCGGAUAUUCUUGAAGCACAGUCUAGAGACCCGGCUUGUCGGCCUGCAGCUUGAUACGCAACAAUACAAGCCUGCGCUCUCUUUGAUCGAGUCGCUGCUUACUGAGCUGAAGCGACUGGACGACAAACUUGUCCUUACAGAGGUCCACCUCCUUGAGAGUCGAGUGUAUCGCGGAAUUGGCAACCUCGCGAAGGCGAAGGCUGCACUGACUUCCUCGCGUACGGCCGCGAACUCAAUAUACUGCCCGCCCCAACUCCAAGCGCGUUUGGAUCUCCAGUCCGGUAUCCUCCACGCAGAAGACAAGGACUACACUACCGCAUAUUCCUACUUCUACGAGACCUUCGAGAACCUGAGCACACAAGAUGACCCAAGUGCACUCGGCGCGCUCAAGUACAUGCUUCUCUGCAAGGUUAUGUUGAACCUGCCCGAAGAUGUGACAUCAUUGCUUUCCAUCAAGCUUGCGUCCAGGUACGCCCAGCUCCGAGACGUCGAGAGCAUGCGUGCCAUCGCACGGGCUCACCAGAAGCGGAAUCUUGCCGACUUCGAGAAGGCACUCAAGGACUACCAGCAAGAGCUCUCGUCGGACACCACGAUUCGCACACACCUCUCUGCAUUGUACGACACCCUUCUCGAGCAGAACCUCCUUCGGAUUGUCGAGCCCUACUCGGUCGUCGAGAUCGAGUACAUCGCUCAACAAGUCGGACAGGGACGGCAGGCGGUCGAGCUCAAGCUAUCACAGAUGAUCCUCGACAAGGUGUUCCAUGGAGUGCUCGACCAAGGUCGGGGAUGCCUUCUCAUCUUCGAGGAGCCUGAGGCGGAUAGGACGUACGGUGCAGCGAUUGACACGCUGGAGCAGGUCGGCAAGGUCGUGGAUUCACUAUACGCAAAGACUGUAAAACUAGCAUAGGGCCCAUGUAUCUCGUAGUGUCUGUGCAUACGUCAUUCUCCUCUAUCGC